CAGUGGGUACAGAAAAAGUUUCUGUCCACCAGCAAAAGAUUCUUCCCGUCUGACGCUCGUCCGCCUUCAGAUCAAAUAUUUAUUCAGAAAAGACCCUCAGAUUGGUUUCUUUCCUUUUUUCAUGCGAUCGGUAAAAGUUUGCUGAGAGUUUGCUCGUUAGGACAUUCCUCCGAGGAUUGCAAAAGUGGCCGGGGGGAGAGUUUAACCCAGAUUAGUGUCUUUAUGCUUUUUCACGUGAAAGAGCCUUUAUAAAAAAAGACGACAUCUUGGAGGCAACUGGUGGUUUGAUUGUUGCUGUUUGACGGAAAACAACUGAGUUUGCAGCUGAGUUUACUGAGUUUACAUCCAAACAUGGGAACUUACACGCUACCGGAGGGAUUCUCGGACUUUGACAUGUUUGCUUUCGGCUCUGCGCUUCUUGUUGGGGGGGUGCUGGGAUUCUUCCUCAACGCCGUCAGCAUCCUGGCCUUCCUCCGAGUGAAGCAGAUGCGAACUCCUAGUAACUUCUUUGUGUUCAACCUGGCCUUGGCUGACAUCAGUCUGAAUGUUAAUGGUCUCACAGCUGCUUAUGCCAGCUAUCUCAGGUACUGGCCGUUUGGUCAAGAUGGUUGUAAUUAUCACGCUUUCCAGGGGAUGAUAUCAGUCCUGGCUUCUAUCAGUUUCAUGGCUGCGAUCGCGUGGGACAGAUAUCACCAGUACUGCACCAGACAGAAGCUCUUCUGGAGCACGACGGUGACGAUGAGCUGCAUCAUCUGGAUUCUUUCCAUCUUCUGGGCCGCCGUUCCACUCAUGGGAUGGGGGGUCUAUGACUUUGAGCCAAUGAGGACAUGCUGCACGCUUGACUACACUAGAGGAGACAGGGACUACAUUACCUACAUGCUUACGUUAACGGUGCUCUACCUGACUUUCCCAGCUGUCACCAUGUUUUCUUGUUAUGAUUCCAUCUACAAACACUUCAAGAAGAUUCAUCAUCACAAGUUUAACACCAGUUUGCCUUUGAGAGUAUUGCUGUCAUGUUGGGGCCCUUAUGUCCUCAUGUGCAUCUAUGCCUGCUUUGAGAACGUGAAACUUGUCUCUCCAAAACUGCGAAUGUUGCUUCCAGUUGUUGCAAAAACGAAUCCCAUCUUCAACUCUCUUCUCUACUCAUUUGGAAAUGAGUUCUACAGAGGAGGCGUCUGGAACUUCCUCACUGGACAGAAGAUUGUUGAGCCAGACGUUAAGAAGUCCAAAUAAAUAAAACAAAUUAACAUGUUUCUCAAAUCAUAUAAAACUGUAAUUGGCUCUUAUGAUAGGCCCCUUAUACUAACAUGCUGAGAUGUAAAGCCAUUGUGAUGGCUGCACACUUGUUCUUAGACAGUAGUGAAACCUCUGGAAAGUCUUUCUGUUUGUCUCAUGAUGGAUUUGUGAAACUUAAACUCUUUUCUUCACCAAACAACUUCAAAUGUUCUCAUUAACAUUCUGCUCAGUAAAUGAAUGCUGCUGCUGCUGUUUGUCUUGCUGUGUACUUUGUUUUAAAGCUGGUUAUGCAACAUCUCUUUAAUGACAGGAAGCAGUUACUGUGUUAAGACUGUCUUAUACAAUUUUACUUCACUUGAAGUUUUUUAUACGUAGAGUCUGAUUAUUAUUGCGUAUUUAUGAAGGAAUAAUUACGUACAUGUUGUAGAGGUUAUUUUACUCUAGAUUAAGAGAAAGAUUUUUUUUUAAACAGACUUUAAACUGUGCAAAUAGAGUCUUUCUACUCAAUAGAAGCUGAGGUGGUCAAAAGCAACUAAUGGGGGGAAUAAUGACCUGUAACAACUAAAAUGAAAAUCAAGCUAAGUUCUUUGAAGAUUACAAUACCAAGGGAUUUAACUUUAGUUACAGUUGUUUUUUGUUUUGUUUUUUUACAUCCAUGACAUUCAUUGGUCAUUGAUGUCCUAGGUCAUUGUCUGUCAGCAGUUAAAUAUACUCUCCAUAAAUAACCUGCAAGUCUUAGUUACACUAACCCCAGCAUUCUGACCUUCAGGCUGGCUGUCGGCAGAUAAAAUCCUCUCAGUCAGUGGUUCAGUCUUUUGGAGGACAAGUUGUCUGAUGAAUAGCAUUAAUGCAGCCUUUAAAGUGCAACAUCAAGGAAAGUGUCAACAGUUAACUGACGUUCUUUUUUUCAGAGUUAAUGUUACAGCUUUUUGAUGUAUUUAUUUGGGAUUUAAAGUUAUAGUCUGGCAUCAUGUAGGACAUAAAUGUGGAGCUACGCUUUAGAGUACACCGUGUUCCAAAUAAUUAUGCAAGUGAUAUUUUCUCAGCUUUUCCUAAAUGGUCGAUGCAAAUGAUGGUCAGUAUAAUUUUCAAGUCAUGAACUAUUGUUAACAUACUCAGGGUAAGCAUAUGUAAAAAUCUCAGUCUGACAAUUAAGCUACCCUUUUUUGGUUAUGCUCUUCUUCCUGAAUCUCAUUCCCAUUGGAGUUAUUAAUGACUAGAAUACUGCAGGGUGUCUGCACUCUGUCACAAAGGUGGUGAAAAGGUCACACUGGCUUUUAUUUAAUCUACUUUUAAAUCUGUCUUGCAUGUGCAAUCAAUUACGUCAUAAAUGUGAUUAAAAUUUGAAGAAAGAAAGUCUGAAGUCACUUUAUGUCCGCUCUUUAGUCAUUGCACGGCCUGCUUGAUUGCAUGAUCAAAUUUUACUAAACAAAGCUCCCAAUGAGAACUGUAUUUUUUUUUCAAAAAUAAAAAAACUCAAACAGCAGAUUUUCUAAACAUUUUAUGGAUUAUAAAGAACUGCAAACGGUCAUUCUUUGAAUGUGCAGCAUUAAGUGGUCACAUGUACUAAAAUCAAAAGCUAUUUCAAACGAAAACAUCUAAACAGAGCGAGUUACAUGUUAACAUGGGACCUCUUCUUUGAUAUCACCUGCACAAUUCUUGCAUCCAUUGAACUUGUGAGUUUGUGGAAAGUUUCUGCUUUAACAGCUGCUCUUUUAAUCCCAUAAAUUUGUCUAACAGAAACAUUUCUCAUUAUGCCUUUAUCUGUACAAACCCAUAUUUGUUCUGAAUCAGCCACAAAUCUCUUCACAGUACAAUGAUAACGCUUCAGUUUUCGUUAAAUAUCUAAUAUGUUCAUAUCUUGUCAUACGGCACUACACUAUCUGAUGAUUUUCAGCAGCAGAGAUCCUUUCUUUUUCCUGUAUUGCUUGAAACCUGUGGCCUGCUUAAUAAUGUGGAACAUCCUUCUUAGGUAUAGUUCCUUUAAUUGAGCUGACCAGACAAACUAAUCUGAAAUUAAUUAUAGUGAUUCAAAGAGCCUUGACUCAUAAUACCAUCUAUAAAUUUAAUAGCACAACAAAAAAUGUAAUUUAAUGUUUGUGACAUUUAAAUCCAAUUUGCAUAAUAAUUUGGAACACAGUGUAUACUCAAUGACAGUAGCAGGAAUUGGCCGACAGUCAUUGCUGUUAACAGUAAUGUUUUAUAUUUAUUGUAACACUUAAGGUAACACUUUCACAGACACAUAAGUGUUUAGCUGACUUGGUUAAAUACAAACCAAUAAACUAAUUGCACAAAUGCAAUUAGUUUAUUGCAUUUAAUAAUUAGUUUAUUGGUGAUCCUUUCAUGGCUGCACUACUAAACCAGCAGCACCAAUGGAUUUUGAGCUUGGUGAGAUGUGGUCUGUUGUGUUUCGGGUCCAAAGCCUCAAAAAUCAACAUGAAGUCAAAAUCUUAUAUAACAAAUUUCAUACAUCGAAGUGCAAGGUGGUUCCUUAUUUCUGUACAUGUUGACAGUUCUUCAUCAUUUCAACAAUUCAUGCAUUUGCUACCUUACUUCUGCAUUUGUUUGUUUUUUGUUUUUUUAUCAAAUGCAGAAGUAAGAUUUCUAUCUUCCCGAGAAGCACUCGGGAAGAUAUUUACCAACUUUGUACCUAGCAGGUUGUACCUAUUAAACAUUUAGAAGCAUGAUUGAUAUUUUUCACUUAA